AGUGUCACUGCAGUAGUUUUUAGUACUAUCUAAAAUGUAAUUUUUUAAUAAGUGAAUCUCUAAUAUCGAGGAUUUAUACGGCACGUUUAAAUUGAUUAUAUUGAAAGAAUUGAUGAAGUCUGAAAAAGACAAGUGGAAUGAUCAAAUACACGCCAUCUGAUGGAUUUCCUUGUUAAUCAAACUGUCCAAGGUAACGAUGGGAGUUGUUUCUUCCCCUCCGUUAUAAUACCACCAGCCUUACGUGUUGCGAAAGAGGACACACGAUGGAAAUUGUAAACAUUUACGUGUCUUGAGUGUUUAGAGGGACAAUUUUUAUUUGUAAUCAUGAUAGACAGUAACAUUUCCAUGGAGGAGGAUACUGAAUUACGAGAUUUAGUGGUACAAACUCUUGAAAAUAAUGGUGUUCUCGCUAAAGUCCGGGCUGAAUUAAGGGCUAGUGUGUUUUUAGCUCUGGAGGAACAGGAAUCUGUAAUGAAUCCAGAACCCCUCCUCAACAAAACAGUAAAACAGUACCUGGCUAAUUCCGAAGGAAAAUUACUAUUUUCAUUGGUUAGGGAGUUCCUAGAAUAUUUUGGUCUGGAUUAUACUAUAUCUGUAUAUGAUCCAGAAACGUAUAUUGGAAAAGAAUAUAACUAUGUCGGUAGAAAUAAGUUAUGUGAAGAAUUGGGUAUUAAUUCGUCAGAACCAUUACUUGGUGAAAUUUUAAAGAACAGCAUGAAUAUCUGUAACAUAACACAAAAGGUGGAAUCUAAUGAUAGUAGACAUAAUAAAACAAAUGAAACAUCAACAAACUUUGCAAAUGCAACCUUUGAAGUUCCUGUACCAAAAAUUCUACAUAACGAAUCGUUAUCAAAUGACAAUGAUUCAUCUGAGAAACUUGUUAGUUUUUCUGAACAAAGCACUAGUAUUCCAAUAAAUGUGACAAUAACUGAGAAAAAGAAAACUAUGCAAACAUUACACAAUGAUUUAUUAAAUGAGUCACAUGACAAAGAAGACAAUUCUCUCAGGGAAAAUAUAAUAGUUUUUGACAACGUAACUGACAAUGACGGUAUUAAUGACAAAGGGAACAAUAUACAUUCUGAUAAAAGUCCUAUAAAAAGAAACGACACGUACGAAGUAAUAAAUCAUACAUUAAAAGAAACUGCCACAAUUGCACCUGGUCAAACUGAUAUGUUCAAUAAAGAUGGACCUUUUAUUACAUUUGAUGAAUCUAUAGUAGUAUCUGAAAUGCAACAAAAUCAAAAUGUGAAUGUUACAAAACAAAAUAGUAUAAAUAACAAAGAACUACAUAUUAUGAAUAAUGUACAAAAUAAAAAAGAUAUUAAUAUAGAAUGUAACUUUGGAAAAGCUAUUUACUUUGAAGAAAUAAUUGUUGACGAAAAAAGAGACAACGUUGCUACUGUAAAUAAUAAAGCUGAAUCUUCAUCUUUACCUUUAGAUAAGUCUGGUUCUAUAUUUGAUUUGCCACCAUUAAACGGGAAAAAAACUAAUAUAAAUGAUAUCAAAGAAUUAAUGGAUGUUGGACUUGCAUUGGAUAAUGUUGAUAAUUAUGAAGAAGAUUUUGUGUCAUCUGCAUCGGGUAGUUUUAAUGAACAGAGUCCGUCUAAAGAAUUACAAGAAUUGGACAAUUCUUUACAAGUACAUGUGAAAAAGGAAGAUACAAUCCAAAGUACUCGUAGUGAGGACAUCAGCGAAGAAAUAGAAGAAACUGAUGAAAUACUGAGUAGUACUUCGUGCCUUCAGGGUGUGAAUAUUAAUGAAAAGGAUGACAAAGUUUCACAUUUCACAACGGGUAUUACAACAAAUUAUAGCAAUGAGAUAUAAUCUUAAUCGAUAUUAUUAUUAUUAUUAUUAUUAUUAUUAUUAUUAUUAUUAUUAUCAUAAUAAUAAGAUUCUAUUAAGAAUCGUUAAUACUUUAUUCGAUGAUAAUUUUGAAACAAGUGUUGUUUCUCACAUUGUAGUAGUUGCUUUACAACGAUAAGAAUGUUAUUUUGUUGCGCAUAGUAAUGCUAGAGUACAGAAAGAAGUACUGCUUUCGG